AUGCCAGAAUUACUCAAAGGAAGGGCAUUGAAGCGGUUCAUCUCCAAUAACAAGCAAUGGAGAGCUUGGGUGGAAUUUAUCGAGAGCUUUCACACCUACUUCCUGCCAAGAGAUUUCUUUACGAAUCUGACGGAUCAGGUCAAGCAACGAAAGCAGGGCAACAGCGAGUCGUUCAAGGACUAUAUGAUCGACAUGCAGACGCUAACGAGACCGCUUGGGAAUUCUACAAAGGAAACACUCAGCAUCAACCAGGCAAACUAUGAGUCGGGACUGCUUGCUUCGUUGAUCCGGGGCUACGGAAGUCCGAUUGAUGAACUGCUUGCUGUCUUUGAUCGGGAGCUACGUAAGGGCCGAGUGUUGGUGCUUGCUGUCGUUGAUCCGGCCAUGCGGGAGGUUCGAGUGAUGAAGUGCUUGCUUCGUGACCGGUACUAUGCUGUCUCCGAUUUAGAACUGAGCUCUUACGGAUCCACCACCACUACCCAGAUAUUCCUCCUUGUUGAUGUUUCCUCAAUGAUCAGCGGUGCUCUGAGGCGUGCUACAUACGUCAUGGAUCAAUCUACCGAACCCAGCGGCGAGGAAAGCCAUGCUUUUAAAUGUUCCCUAUGUCAAAUAGCGAACGAGGAUGUCACACUUGUCUGCAAUGGCAGCGAAUGUGAAAGCAUGUGCCACCCAGGUUGCGCCGAGGAAAGGGUAGACGGAGUAGGUUGGAUCUGCGCAGCGUGCGAGGCUGAUGCCCACGAGCAGAAUCACAUGACGUUCAGAUCAGGAAAGCUCGAGGAAACGGUUCCUUCAAAGGAAUACAACACAACCCCACAAGGUGGAGACCCGGACGAGCAAGGAGCGGAUGGAGCCCCUACAUCGAAGAGGGAAGCACUGCACCUGCGCGAGGAGUUGACGUUGUUAGAAGAAGAGGACCACAUUCUAAAACUGAGGCAGCAACUACUGCAGAGGCGAAGGGAGCUUCUGUCGAGGUCCGCAGCGGAGCGGGCUGACCUCAGUUGGACGGCAAAUGUGCCGGAGGCAUGCAGUACCCAAGCGUGCCAGAAACCCCAAGUGUCGAACAACACAUUACUGGAUGUACCAGGGUUCAACAGUAAGAAGUCAUCUUACCCAUGGAUGUUGAGUACCGGCGGGGAGCGUGACACUGUAGUCAUGUCGGGCCGACCAGCAGCCAGAAUAUCAGCAGAGCAGCUGGCUGCGCGGAAAACUAAUGUUGCUGACUUGGUAAAGUUUUCCGGAAAGCCUGAGAACUGGCCCAUGUUCCUGGCCACGUACGAACAGUCGACCGAGCUAUGUGGGUUUUCCGACGCCGAGAACCUGAUGCGGCUGCGCCACGCACUGGAGGGUCCAGCAAAGUUAGCGGUUCGGAGCUUAAUGCUACACGCAGACUGCGUUCCGCAGAUAUUGUCCACAUUGGAGAUGCGUUUCGGAAGGCCGGAAAUAAUAAUCGAUUUGUUGCUUAAACAAAUAAAACAAUUUCCCUCGGUGAGGGAAAACAAGUUGGAGAACAUAGUCGACUUUGCUAUGGAGGUGCAAAACGUGUGCGCCACCAUGAAGGCGUCCAAGUUGGAGCAGUACCUCAACAACCCUGCUCUAACGCAAGAAUUGGUAUCCAAACUGCCAUGCAUACUCCAGACCUUUUGGGGCAUGCACAAGAUGACUCUACGUGUGUGUACCCUGGCAGACUUUAGCGCAUGGCUCUCGCAGAUGGCGCAAGGAGCGAACAGCGUUAUGGUUCCCAGUUCGCAAGGAAAGUCUGAGAGGCGAGGAGUGGUGAAUACGCACGUGGUGCGUAAGGCAUGCAAGGUGUGUCUAAAGAACUGUGGAUCAGUUCAGGAGUGCAGAAAGUUCCUGGAGAUGACAACUUCAGAUCGUUGGAAGAUGACCAGGCGAUUAGGACUAUGCUGGCGGUGCUUCUCAAAUCACACAGUCCAGUCUUGCGGUAUGGCUGGCACUUGCGGCUUAGAAGGGUGUCAGCAGAAGCACCACCCAUUGCUAAAUCGGGAGAGCCGUGAAGGUGUUCAGGCUAACUGUAAUGCUCAUCGUCAAGACGCAGCAGCUGCUGUGCUGUUUCGCGUCGUACCAGUGACGCUUUACUCCAAUGGGAAUCAAGUUAACACACACGCCUUUUUAGACGACGGAUCUUCUCUCACCCUGAUUGAUGAACCCCUGUUGGCGGCCCUAGGAGUGAAGGGACAACGACAGCCUCUCUGUAUGCAGUGGACCGCAGGGAUGCAUCGCUACGAAGACGAAUCCGUUAGAGUGGAUCUUCAAAUCUCGGGUGCCGGCAUGACCAAGGUAUACAAUUUGAGAGAUGUUCACUCUGUCAAAGCACUUGAUCUCCCGGCGCAAACGUUGGAUGUCGACCAUCUGAAGAACAAGUACAAGCACCUAAGACACUUACCACUAGGAGGCUACGCUGGAGCCCAACCGAGACUGCUGAUCGGUCUUAACAACUGCGGUCUUGGACGCGCCCUCCGCACAAGGGAAGGCAGUCUGGAGGAACCCAUCGCCGAGAAGACCCGACUAGGAUGGACGGUUAAAGGCGGUGGAACAACGUCCUCUACGGAUGCGGAAAUCAGAAGAUAUCAUGUAUUCCAGAUAUGUGCUUGUGAGGAGGACAACAAUAAAGAGAUUCUGCGACUUCUCCGACAACACCUGUGGUCGGAACAGGAAGUGGGUUACGGAGCGGAGUGUAAAUCCCAAUCUGAUGACGAUCUUCUGGCCGUCCGGCAAUUGGAGGCAAAUACGAUGCGCGUCGAAGGACGGUUUGAGACCAGCCUGCUGUGGAGGCAUAAGGAUAGUGAUCUACCCGAUAGUCUGCCCACCGCCCUCAAGCGAGCACAUUGUCUUAAUCAGAAGCUGUUGCGUCAACCAGACCUGGCUAGCGAGGUGCGACGACAACUAGACGAGUACGUACGGAAAGGAUAUGCAAGACCAAUCUCACCAACAGAAGCAGUUGAAAGCCCUUACUGGUAUCUGCCAAUAUUCCCCGUAGUCAACGUUAAUAAGCCGGGAAAGCUUCGCAUUGUGUGGGACGCAGCCGCAAGAAGCGAGGGUAUUUCACUUAACUCUCUACUGCUGAAAGGGCCAGCUCAACUGGCGCCUCUGGUGCCCAUACUACGCAGGUACCGAGAAAGGCGAGUGGCCAUCGGCGGAGACAUUGCGGAAAUGUUUCACCAGGUGAGAAUACGCGCAGAAGAUCAAAGGUAUCAACGCUUCAUAUUCAUAGACCCGGAAACGCAAAAGCGGGAGAACUACGUUAUGCAAGUAAUGACCUUCGGGGCAAGUUGCUCCCCAAGCUGCGCGCAAUUUGUGAAGAACCGAAAUGCCAGUGAAUUCGAGAAGCAGUAUCCGAGAGCCGUGAAGUGCAUUCUUGAGAAUCACUAUGUAGACGACAUGCUGGAUAGUGUUGACACAGAAGAAGAGGCAAUUAACUUGGCCAGAACCGUGCACCAUAUACAUUCUCAAGCGGGAUUCCACAUACGAAACUGGGUUUCCAACUCCCGAACAGUCCUGGAGGCACUAGGACAAGAGAAGGGUGCGAUGGUACAACUGGAUGAGAACGCUGACAAGGGUACAGAGAAGGUUCUUGGCAUGUGGUGGGAUACAAAGGAAGAUAUGAUCAGGUAUCGCGUAUCGCCAAGAUACAAGCAAGGGGAAGUGCUGCAAGGGAAACGCCGCCCCACCAAGCGGGAGUUUCUAAGCAUGAUGAUGUCCAUAUACGACCCGCUUGGACUCAUUUCAUUCUUCGUGAUGUACGCCAAAACCAUGUUUCAAGAGAUUUGGCGGUCUGGAUGUCAGUGGGACGACCCUAUACUGGAAGCAGAAUGGAUCAAAUGGAAGCGAUGGAUUCAUCACAUUCCCAAUAUCGAGGAAUUGUGCAUCCCCAGGUGCUAUAUGCCUAAACAGCUGCGGGGGCACCAGGUGGAGAUGCACACCUUUGUAGAUGCCAGCGAAAGUGGAUUCGCAGCCGUGUGUUAUCUACGAAUCAAAUUUGGACCCGCUAUCCACUGCUGCUUGCUGGGCAGCAAAGCAAAGGUAGCUCCGCUGAGGCUGGUAUCUAUCCCACGUCUGGAACUCAUGGGCGCUACUCUUGGCGCCAGGCUGGCAUAUGAAGUGGAAAAGUCACUUGCCAUGCAGAUUUGCAAACGGAUAUUCUGGACCGAUUCGAGAACAGUGCUGAGCUGGCUGCGCUCGGAUCAGAGGAAGUACAAGCAAUUUGUGGCGUUUCGGGUAAGCGAAAUAUUAGAUACCACAAAGCAGGAGGACUGGCGCUGGGUUCCAACUUCCCAAAAUGUAGCAGACGAAGCUACGAAGUGGACCCGGACACCCGACUUCAGCAGCGGAAGCCGAUGGCUAAAUGGGCCAAAAUUCCUAUGGCAGGAAUCAGAAGGCUGGCCAACUGAAUCAGCCCAAAAAACCGACGAAACUGAUGCUGAACUAAAGGUGCAGUUUAUUGGAGUAUGCGCAUGGAACGAAAGCAUAAGUCAUGCACAGCUUAUCGACCCGUUGAGAUUCUCUUCUUGGACCAGACUACUGCGGAGUAUGGCGAAAGUGAUCUGGAGCCUUCGACGCUGGAAAUCAAAAGGGCUGACAGCCAAACAAGUUGAAGACUCGACUACCCAAGAGGAUCUUUUAAUGGCAGAAAGUAUCCUAUGGUCAGAUGCGCAGGCCGAGCACUACCAGGACGAGCUGGCAUUGCUGCGCAUGGGUCGACCUCUGACGAGGAAAAGUUCCUUGUACAAAUUGGGGCCGUACCUCGACGGUAACGGUGUGUUACGACUUCAAGAGCGCACGAAGAUGGGAAGCGGUAAGGAUAGAGUGGUCCUACCUAGCAGUAGUCCCAUCACCCAGCUUAUCAUUGCGGAGCUACACGCAAAGCUUCUGCAUGCCAACCACGAGACCCUGAUCAACGAGCUCCGACAGAGUUUCUGGAUCCCCAAGCUGAGGCCAACCGUUGCACGCUUACGUCGAUCCUGUCAAAUAUGUAAGAAUAGGCAGGCAGCACCCAGGCCACCUCGGAUGGCAGAUCUCCCAUAUCCAAGGCUGGCUGCAUUCCAUCGUCCGUUCAGUUACACAGGAGUGGAUUAUUUUGGACCUCUUCUGGUUACGGUUAGGCGAAGCUCGGAAAAAAGAUACGGAGUGUUGUUCACUUGCCUCUCUACGAGAGCCAUACACUUGGAGGUAGCGUAUUCCCUAACAGCCGACUCUUGUAUUCUAGCAGUGCGCAACUUCAUAGCUCGGCGUGGCAGGCCCGUGGAACUGUGGAGCGACAACGGCACCAACUUCCAAGGGGCUAGUACCGAACUCCGGAGGGCACUGGACGUGCUGGACAAGGUUCAGCUGGAACGUGAGUUUACCGGCCCUGAGAUGAAGUGGAAGUUCAUCCCUCCUGCAUCGCCCCACAUGGGUGGGGCUUGGGAGCGCUUGGUGCGAUCAGUGAAGGUGGCUCUGUACUCCAUUCUAUCAAGCGCACGACCCUCGGACGAGUUGCUUCGCGGGGCGCUAAUGGAAGUAGAAAUGAUAGUGAACUCGGGAGUUCAAGUGGAAGUAAGCCGGCUACGGAACCUACUGUCGAAGGAAUGCUGCUCAAAAGGAGCUGGAUGGCAUCGCAGCAGCUUGCGGAUAUGUUCUGGAAGCGGUGGCUAUUGGAAUACCUGCCGGUGA